AUGGUUUGUUCUUUCUGGACACAGGUGAGUUUCUCUUGUUGCAGUUGCAGGGUGUGCUGCAGUGCUAGGGGGAUUCUCCUUCUCUCAGGCACUUGAGCAGGCCAACAUUCAGCACCUGAAUCCUGCUCAGCUUCUGAUGCUGUGCUGUACCAGUGGGGCAGCUCUGGGCAUGCACUGAGCAGCACUACUGGAGUUCAGGAGGGUAGGAGCCCCAAAGGACAGUUGGCAGCUGCCAGUGGUUUCAUUUCCUGUUUUUAUCUUAAACCUGUCUGUUUUCAGGCCUCCUGAGUCCAGUAAGACCAUGUCUGAAGACCUCUGAAGGAACAGAGGGAAGAAAUAGUGCUGAUCAUACAAAUAAAUACAAAUACAAAUAAAGGCGGGGUGAAGCCUUUCGAAACCUCUCAGCCCUGAAAGUAACCUUUGCUUAGAAGAGAUUCCUGUCUUCUGCAGGGCUGCUGAACUGGUCAGACUGCACAACUAAGUCGGGUUUAAAACCAAUCAAAUGAAAUUUGAAAGAAUAUGAAUGUUAGGUGUAAUAACCUCUGUCAUGUCUGAGUACAUCCACCUGUGAUCACAAGCAUGUUUGAAGUCCAGUGUUAAGGUUGUGCUGCCUGAAGUAUUUGUGGGGAUGGCAAAUAUCCCACCUGGGUGACAGCUCGACAGGAUGAGAUCUGCUGGAAUCCCACGACUAGAAACCCUUGUUUAACUCCAGGUGGUGGGUUUGACCAAGGAAAAGACAUUUAUUUCUGUGCUCUGAUGCUUCCUGCCACCAGAGGGAUCUAAUGGGCCAUAUCCAUAGCACUAAUUCUGCCUUAAGCCUAACACCAGGAAUUGCACUUGAUGUUGACCUACCAUCGUUCCUCAUGACUCAAUCUUAACAAGACUGAGUCCUUUUCAAAAUUGGCAGGCAAACUGUUUUUGUGGUAGGUGACUGACAUCUGGAAAGAAGAAGGCAGCUAACUUCCACCCAAAUUGGAAAUGACAAAGAAGAGCUGGGGAAACAGCAUUUGAGUAAACUGCUUUUAGGUUUCUACCAAGCUGGUGCCGUGCUGAUGAGUGGUACUGAAGGGAUGAGCUUGAAUUGUUGAUCCAUUACUUUGUCUGGGCUGGUAGCACAUGGGAAAGCCUGUGGCAGUCUAAUCUGACAAAGCAAAAUGAGUUGUCUUCUUCUGGAUCAAGCCCUGGGCAACCUGAUCUAUAUGUGUCCCUAUUCACUGCAGGAGAGUUAACUAGAUGACCUUUAAAGAUCCCUUCUAACUCUAAGGAUUCUGUGAUUCUUAGUUUAAAACUGAAAGCUAAUUUGUUCCUUUGGGUUUGCUAGGUCUAAACUGAAGCUGCAGCAGAAGACUAUGUCCCUGUGGUCCUGGGUGAACCAGCCUGAAGAGCUGAAAAAUUUCCAGAAUCCUCUUUUUGAGGCCAACAGCCUUGUCAUCUGGCCCUCUGUGGCCCCACAGAGCCUGCAGCUCUGGGAAGGUAUAUUCCUGCGAUGGAACAGGCCUUCCAGAUACCUAGAUGAAGCCGAGGAAGAAAUGAAGAGGAUUAUAGACUACAACAGGUUUCUUCAGGAUAAGGUUAACUCAAUGAAGAAGCAGAUAACGCAGACAGAAACAGAGGGCAAGGUGGACGAGGUGGAUGAGGUGGACAAGGUGGAUGAGAUGGACAAGGUGGAUGAGAUGGACAAGGUGGAUGAAGUAGACAAGGUGGACAAGGUGGACGAGGUGGACAAGGUGGACAAGGUGGAUGAGAUGGACAAGGUGGAUGAAGUAGACAAGGUGGACAAGGUGGAUGAGAUGGACAAGGUGGACAAGGUGGACGAGGUGGACAAGGUGGACAAGGUGGAUGAAGUAGACAAGGUGGACAAGGUGGACGAGGUGGACAAGGUGGACGAGGUGGACAAGGUGGAUGAGAUGGACAAGGUGGAUGAAGUAGACAAGGUGGAUGAAGUAGACAAGGUGGACAAGGUGGACGAGGUGGACAAGGUGGAUGAGGUGGACAAGGUGGAUGAAGUAGACAAGGUGGACAAGGUGAAAAAGGUGGAUGAGGUGGAUGAGGUGGACAAAGUGGAUGAGAUGGACAAGGUGGAUGAGGUAGACGAGGUGCAGGAGAACCCGUGAGCUGCCAGGGCUUUGCCUCAGGUCUUUCUUUUCCAGUUCCUUUUAGGUUAAAGAUUAAACGUGGAAAGUGCUUGUAUUGCAGAGUCCUCUGGUACAGCUGACCCUCAGUCCUCCACCUCUGAAACCUUCACUUCACACAAUGUACCUCCCUGCUUUUUGGGAGGGAAUUUUCUUUUGUUUACAGAAGGUACAACUGGGCAUAGUUUCCUCUCCUGGCAGCUUUCUUGUCUCUUACUUGUGCAGUAAAAGCUGGAACUCUUACCUCCACCCAGCUGUAUGGAUGACCAUGAUGGGCCAAGAGAUGAAAUGUUACAGAUUUAUUUUGGACUUUGAUCUUUUUUAUUUUAUUUUUGCUGAACUUUCUAAACAUUCUUUGCGGGAUUAAAAGACAAAGUUAUGUAUAGAUGGGUUAAAGGCAUUCUAUCUGAGAGCACCUUUUCUCCUCAAGUAGUUAGGGCAGCUUAGUUCCUUAGUUUCCUAGAAAGGUUAUAAUCUAACCACAAGACCAACCAGUCCAAACAGUGCUUUCAGUAGCCUUCACAUCUCAGACUUGGGGGUUUUCUGGUUUGGGAGCAGUAGGUUACAUACCAGGUAAGAAAUUUCAGUGCAAUACAGAACUGAAUAGGGAUUCUGCUGCUAAUGUUUGAGCUAUGACCUUCAGGUGGAGUUGUUCCUCAUGGACAAGUAACUCCUAAGGAAUAAAAAAUAUUUUUUAUUCUACCUGGAAAACAAAAAGGUGGUGAUUGCUGGAGGUGUAUUCACUUGCUGAGCAAAGCAAGGGACUUGGAGCUGUCCUCUUCAGAGCCACACUACCCUCUUGAACUUCUGUUUCUAUACAUUUGAAUAGAUUCACGGUGCACAAGCAGCACUUAAUUUACUGCUCAGCAAAACAUUAUUGCUCCAUUUUGUUUCUUCUCUCAUGCUCUUCCUGUGUGCUUUGUCAAACAUCCAAAGCUAAAGCUGAGAGUUGGCGUGAUCCAGCAUACCAGGUAUGUUGCAGAUGGGAAGGCUGUCACAUUACAGAAGUGUUAACAGCAGCUGCAAAUGACUUACACUAAAACUGUUCAAAGAUGCUAGAGAAGAUUUUCUUCCAAAUCAGUUCACUUUGUAGUUAUUUGUCUCUGUGGCUGUAAUCUGCUAUUUUGUAAGGCUAUUCUCUUUUUUCUAAGUCUCUCUCCUUCAGAUAACAAUGGUGUGGUGCAUUAACUCAUUGGUGUUUGUCCAGCUAGGUUUCACUGAUAGCUACCCAUAACUGAGGAGACUUGAAAUCAAGCAGUGCAUGUGGCUGGGAUUACUGUAAGCUGCUCACUGUUAGCCUGUUGCUGCUGAAACCAGUGCAGCUGCAUGAGGUCAAUCUUGACCUCUUUGAAAAGUGUUGAAUUCAAGUGUCAUUUUUUUGAUGCUUUGGAUUGAAGCUGCCUUUGCUUAAAAGCCACUUAGCAUAAGGAUAUGAAAAUAGAGGCUCCUUAGUUGUCUUGGGAGUAUCUGGAGAGCAGCCUUCUGUGUAACACCUAAAGAUACCUUUUUAAAAGGUGUUCCAUAAUGAAGGAGACUGAUAUUAAGCACUACCUUAAUGCCUUUUGCUUCAGUCCAUAUCUCCUUAAUUUUCUUCUUGAGUAGCCUAAACUUCUAAGUCCUGUGGCUUAAACACUUCAUUGUAAUAUCUGUUUCUUCCUACUCUCGUAGAGCAAACUUGUUCCCAAGGUUACAGCUGACAUAGGGAACACUUGUAUUUAUCAGAGUGGCUGAUGACCUGUAGCACACAACAAGGGAGAUGCAAGCUGGCCAUGCCUUUCUUCCAUUUCCAGGCUCUGGAUUUUUGGGGCUGCCUGCUUAUAUUGCAAACGAAAGCCCUGAAUAUUACUGCUCACCCUUCAGAGCUAUGGCUGUGCUGUCUGCAGCUGCCUGGAUGUUGUACUCCCAUCCCAUUCAGAACUUCUGCUGUUGCUGUAUGUCCAAAACACAUCAUGAGUCAGACGAGAAGGAUUUGAAAGGGACUGUUUUCCCCAUAAUAGGCUGUACAUAAAACACACUUAAAGGUUAUGCAAUUUCCUAACAUAGUAAUUAUAUAUUGAGCUAAAUAAUAGAGAAGCAAAGAAGGCUGUUCUCUUUUCUUUUUUAAUGUAAUUGCUUGGCUGCUGUAGUCUCUUAUCUCUUACCGAAACUGCAGGCAUCUGGGGAGAUGGCAUGGAUUUGCAGUCUUCAUGUGAAAAUGACACUGUCAUUGUGAGCAGUGGCAGCAGGUGGUUCUUUUAUUCCCCCUCCCAGAUCUUCUGCAAAUAGUCCCCUUUGUGCAGUGUUACAGUGCUGCUGGGUGCUGUGUGGUAGAGCUCACCCAACGUGUGGACCCCACGCAUCCUCCAGGGAAAACAAACAGUUCUCAGAUGUCUCAUGGCACCUGCAGUUCUUUUCACCUUUCCAUUCCAGUGCUUCCCAGACUGUGGAGCACUCCAGCUGUUUGCUAGCUUAUGUCUAUCACACUUAUUCCCUUGCUUUGAUCAGCUUGCUUCCCCUCAGCCUGCAGGGCUCACCCCGUGGAGUUAACCACACUCUGCUGUAUCUUCCCAGGCUGUGAGUGUGAUGCUGCUUUGCACAGCUGCUGGGAUGCCCUUCUGUUCCUUAGCAUAUAGUCUUUGUGGGCCCUUCCCCCGGGCUCACUCAGACACGCUGCCAUUAACCAAAAGAAAAAGGGAAAAGGAAUCAAACUUGCACAAGUUUUCACGAAGACAAAGGGAAAUAUGUACCUUCAAUAUUUUGAUUGUAUUGAUCUAACUCUUGAAUGUGGAGACCUGUUGAAGUGCACUGUUGUCCACGUUGCGUGCAACGGAACUGAAAUUGCACUGUGCAGCAUGCUGGCUUCUCAAUGUGCUUUGCUAAAGCCUUGGAAGGUGCUGUCAUGUACAGGUUCCUGUACAAGGGAAAAUGUCUGUAAUAGCACUCCUUUCUUGUAACUGUGACACUGAAUAGCACUGCGUGAUGUGUGCUGUCUAUCUGUCAGGCCGUGCGGACUGAAGUGAUGAGUGCACUUCUGUCUCAACAUCUGGAAUUUGCUAAUUGGACUCGGCUGCUGCAUCAAUCUUCAUUUGAAAACUAAAUAUCAGGGCUGGGAGCUGUGUGCUGUUGUUAGAUGUAUGCUGAACGUGUACAGAAUCCUGGCUGCUGUGGCGUUGAAUAUACUGAAUAUAACAAAUCCGAGGGAAGAAAAAUUGACUGUGGUUGAAAUGGCUCAGCCAUUGGAGGGGGGAGAAACAGACACAAAAUGGCUGUAAGCUUCACUGUAGAUAUGUUGAGAAGAUAAUAGAAUUGUCUGUUCAAAUUAAAAUGUUCCAAUUAAAA